GUUGCUGACAGGUUCAAGAGUGGAGGGGUGAGAGCUAGUAAUUCAUGGUAUAUUAAUUGGACAACAAAACGGACGGCACUGCCGCUGUGGUUUUUAAGAUGGUUUCCAACAAUUACUUUUGAAGAUUUCAAACUUGCGAAUUUACUUCGUGGCGAUCCGAUAUCACAUUUCUGAGCAAGAUGCCGACAACUACGAGUGCCCCAACUGCAUCUAUAACUCCAGCUUCGAGUCAUCUGGUGGGUCCACUGACUACGACAUAUACACCUUCGGGCUCAGACUGUAGUCAGAUUUUCUGGGCCCAAAAUCCAAUCAAUCAUUGGCUGGCUUUUGGUGGUAUUGGUACUGGAAGCACGACCUGCAUGCCGAGCGGGUUCAACCGUGAAACAGCAUGUAAGAACAUGAGCCUAUUUCGAUUCUCGUUCUUUUUCUCCUUGAUCGUCAUUCACAAAAAAUGAACAAUAUUUCUUGAAAUCUCUUGCUCAGAUUUUAAGGCUUAUUUGGACAUUUUAUGGAUAACCUCAUUAGAAAAUAUCUAUGACUUUGUAUUGAUGAAUCAGGCAUGCUAACAUAUAUUAGACUAUUAUUCCCCGGGGAUUUGCCCUACAGGAUACAGCGCCGCGUGCUCGUCAUUUUCCACAGAUUCGAGUGCUACGAAAACCGUAGCCACCUGUUGUCCCACGUAUGUAGUGGGCUUCAAAACGCAAUGGAUCAUUAGAGGCUGACAAAAAUCAUAGAGGUUAUACAUGUUUUGCAAAUAGGCCUUCAGAUCAAAUUUAUGGUUGUACAUCGUAUUUUACGGAAGAUGCAACACUAUCUAUUAAUAGCGUCCUAUUUGAUACUGUCACUGCGGCGAGCACAACAUCCUAUCCUGUGAUAUACGCCAGCACGAAAAUAACUGUCACAUCAGGAAUUAACAAUGUGGCGGCGUAUGGUAUAAUCAUAGAAAGAGCUUCGGACGAUCCUACAUGGGAGUCAAGCACAACUUCAUCUUCUACAUCCUCCUCAACUGCAUCACCAAUUGCAAGUGGAUCUAUCACUCUCGUCUCCGCAACUUCAUCUUCAAGCAGCACAUCAUCCGCGCAACAAUCAACGUCGACCCCUUCAACACCAUCGAGCACGGGUUUAAGCACGGGCGCCAAGGCUGGGGUAGGAGUAGGAGUUGCCCUUGGUGUCCUCCUCAUUAGUGCGUUCGCUUUUCUUUUCUUUAGACGGCUACAAAAACGCCCUCAAAUGUCACAACCUCUUCCUAUAGCGGGAAAUGAAGCACCGACGGAAUAUUAUGAGAAGUAUAAUGAUGGCCGACGAUACAACGACCCUUCGUAUAUUUCAGAAGCUCCCUCUACAACGCUGUAUCAGCAGGGAGGGGAAUUGCAUGGAAACGAUAUGUCCUAUGAGUUGUUGGGGAGUUCGACGGCAGUGAAAUAGAUAGGAGAGCGGGAAUAGGAGAAUUCAGAUUGAUUGAUAAUAUGAAUUGUGUGAUUUGAUGUGCCUUCGGGCAGUCAGAAACCAGAAACGUCUGAUACUUGAGAUUCCUCGCGGCAGAGAGAUUCCCAGCUGGUCAGACUUGGGGGUAAUAUCCCUGAUCGGUCAGGGGAUGUUCAAUUAUUUCAAUGUAUAUAUAUACCACGGGAUUUGGUUUUAAUGAUAGAAAGAUAGAGACAAUGAAAGUUGCCAAGACGACACUUCAAUUUGUCAAGAAAUGGG